AAAGCUACCCCCGUCCACUUUCCACCUUCGCUGCUCGAUUUUGAUGGUCGGUCUAUUAGAUAUAAUCCAUCCCCACAGAGCUUUUAACCUCCAUUGUUGUGUACAUCCUUUUCGUUUUCUUCCUCUCACAUCCUUAUUCCUGCAGAGAAAUCUUUACCUUUGACCCUCUCUUUCGCUUCCAUCUCAUCUCUUAUCCCUGAAAAGAGCCCUAAUAAUCAAACUCCCUCUCGCGCUCUCUCCUCUUCUCAUGGAUGUUGGUAUGAUCAAGUUGUCGCCGGAAGAUCACAUGGACAUCAUGAAGAUAUUGAUGCAGCCCGGGAAGUAUCCCGACCUCUACGACGCCUCGCAUCACGACCCGUCUGAUUUCUCCGGCCCGACGGGCCCCGCGGCGGGGAGGUACCCUUCGCCGCUCCACCAACGAAGCCCCGUCGCGCCAAUAUCUCAAAGUCCUGCCACCGUCUCGUUCAUCGGCAACCACCCGGUUCAUGACCCGGCCUCCGCCCCCCUGCCGCCUAAUUUUUUCAAGAGCGGAGGUGGCCCGGCGCCGGCGGGCGGGUUGAUGGGCGCGUAUUUGUCCGGUAGUUCGUCGCACGAGAAGAGGAAUUCGAUGGCGGCGAUGAGGGAGAUGAUAUUCCGGAUCGCGGCGAUGCAACCGAUCCACAUCGAUCCGGAGUCGAUCAAGCCACCCAAGCGGAGGAACGUGAAGAUAUCGAAGGACCCGCAGAGCGUGGCGGCGCGGCACCGGAGGGAGAGGAUCAGCGAGAGGAUAAGGAUACUCCAGAGACUCGUCCCCGGUGGCACGAAGAUGGACACGGCCUCGAUGUUGGACGAGGCGAUUCACUACGUCAAGUUCUUGAAGAAGCAAGUGCAGUGUCUAGAGGAAGCUGCCGUGAACAACAAUAGCAAGCAAAUGGGCAUCGGCUUUCCGGCGACGGCGGAAGCGGCGGCGGCAACGACAGCGAUGGGGAAUUUGAAUUAUUCACAUUUAGGGAAGGAUUUCCAGAGUGGGCAAGUGGUGGGGUCAAUGCAGAUAUUUUAAUGAUAAUUUGAAAUGGGUUUUCUUUUUUCUCAACCCCUUUUUUUGGCCUUUUCUUUUUGGAUAGCUAGUGAUGAAUGGUGAUGUUCUUCAAACAAUUGUGAUGAGUGGAGUGUUACCCUUCUUCCCAUAAUGUAAGCAGAAGAUUGUGCUUU